GGGUGACCCGGAGGAAGCGGCCCCGCCAGCAGGCCGGCGCGGGGGCGGAGAGAGAGCGGUGCUCGGGCCCCAGCCCUCCUCCGGCCCGGCCCCCAAGGUGAAGGUGAAGGUCUCCGGGGUCGCUCCCGAGUCCCGGCUCAGGCUUCCAGAGCCCGGCAGCCGCCACUAGCGGAACUGUGCAAGAGAGAGAGGAGCGCUCGUUUCCGCUGGGUGUGGGCUCGGCAGCGCGGGCCGUCCGUGCCCGGAGAGGAGGCAGAGACACCACCGCCGCCGCCACCGCCGCCGCCGCCACCACCCCUCCCGUCUGCGCGGCAGAGAGGAGGAGGAGGAGGAGGAGGAGGAGGAGGAGGAGGAGGAGGAGGAGGAAGGAGAGCAGCCAUGUCGCUAUUGUCUCCGGUCCUCCCGGCCUUCAAGGUCUAUUUUAUGGCCGUUAUCGUGGUCCUGUCGCAGCUCUACCAGCGCUGCCGCUACGGCUUCUCCCUACCAGCAGGUACUCAUUAAUGAGUGAAGGAUCAAAAAGCAGGACGGUGGUGGAGAAGCGAUGGAGAACAAAAGCUUAGAAAGUUCACCAUCAGACCUAAAGUUAGUGGCUCACCCGAGAGCAAAAAGCAAAGUUUGGAAAUACUUCGGUUUUGAUACCAAUGCAGAGGGAUGCAUAUUGCAGUGGAAGAAGAUCUACUGCCGUAUUUGCAUGGCACAGAUUGCCUAUUCAGGAAACACUUCCAACCUUUCAUACCACCUGGAGAAAAAUCAUCCAGAUGAAUUUUGUGAAUUUGUAAAGAGUAACACAGAACAGAUGAGGGAGGCCUUUGCUACUGCUUUUUCGAAACUGAAGCCAGAAUCCUCGCAGCAGGUUGUUCAGGAUACUUUAAUCAUGAAGACCAGCCACAGCUAUGAAAACAAAAAGCACCAGGAGCUGACCUCUGCUGUGAUUAGCCUAAUUUGUGAGGGCAUGUAUCCUUCCUCCAUAGUGGAUGAGCCUACAUUUAAGAUGCUUUUGAAAACAGCGGAUCCAAGAUAUGAACUUCCUAGCAGAAAAUAUUUCUGCACAAAAGCAAUUCCUGAAAAGUACAACGCAGUUAGAGAAAUCGUCUUGAAAGAACUGACAGACAUUUUAUGGUGUGGGAUAUCCACUGAUAUUUGGAGAAGCCAAAACCAGAAUAGGUCCUAUGUAACCCUUGCAGUUCAUUUCCUCAGUAGCAGCUCUUCUCAUUGUUUGGCUGUUAACUCACGAUGCUUAAAGACAUUCGAGGUCCCUGAAGAAAACACUGCAGAGACAAUUACGAGAGUCCUUUAUGAGAUCUUCAUUGAGUGGGGGAUCAACACAAAAGUCUUUGGUGCUACAACAGAUUAUGGGAAAGAUAUUGUAAAAGCUUGUUCACUUCUGGAUAUUCCAGUUCAGAUGCCUUGUCUGGGUCAGACCUUCAACGCAGGAAUACAACAAGCUUUCCAGCUCCCAAAGCUGGGCAGUCUCUUGACAAGGUGUCGGAAACUGGUGGAGUAUUUUCAGCAGUCUACAGUAGCCAUGUACAUGUUAAGUGAAAAACAGAAACAGCAGAACAUCAUGCACUGCAUGCUUGUGAGUGAUCGUGUUUCCUGGUGGGGAAGCACGCUUGCCAUGUUGCAGCGAUUGAAAGAGCAGCAGUUUAUCAUUGCAGCUGUUUUAGUGGAAGACAGCAAUAAUCACCACCUUAUGUUGGAGACCAGUGAAUGGAACACCAUCGAGGGGCUGGUGGACCUGCUGCAUCCCUUUAAGCAAGUGGCUGAGAUGAUGUCUGCAUCCAAGUAUCCCACGAUAAGCAUGGUAAAACCCCUCCUUCAUAUGCUUCUCAAUACAACCCUGAACAUCAAAGAAAAUGAUUCGAAAGAAAUCAGUAUGGCAAAGGAAGUGAUAGCCAAAGAAUUAUCAACAACAUACCAGGAGACCCCUGAGAUAGACAUGUUCCUCAACGUGGCAACGUUUCUGGACCCGAGGUACAAGAAGCUGCCUUUCCUUUCUGCUUUUGAAAGGCAGCAGGUUGAAAACAGAGUUGUAGAGGAAGCAAAAAGCCUUUUGGAGAAAGUAAAAGAAAAUAGUUUCAGGCCCGAGGAAAAGCUCUUUUCAUUAUCGGAAGAGCCGCCAGUGAAAAAAAUGAUCAUUUCUUCCACCCCACCCCCGACUAGUGCAAUUAAUAACAUGCUGGCAGAAAUCUUCUGCCAAACGGGGGGUGUGGAAGAUCAAGAGGAAUGGCAUGCCCAGAUUGUGGAGGAAUUGAGUAACUUUAAGUCUCAGAAAGUACUCGGCCUAAAUGAAGAUCCGCUUAAAUGGUGGUCGGACCGAUUGGCGCUGUUUCCUGUCUUACCAAAGGUACUUCAGAAGUAUUGGUGCAUUUUAGCUACGAGGGUCUUCCCUGAACGACUCUUUGGUUCGUCUGCCAACGUCGUGAGUGCUAAGAGGAACAGAUUAGCUCCGGCUCAUGUGGAUGAGCAAGUCUUUUUAUAUGAAAAUACUCGUAAUGGGUCUGAAGCUGAACCUGAAGAUGAGGAUGAGGGAGAGUGGGGUUUGGAACAGGAACAGAUUUAUACAUUAAGUGACACAGUUAAUGUAAGCAACAAUUUCUUUAAUAUAAGGGACAGUGGAUUCAUCUGACAGUGAUGCUAACAAUGCAUUCAAGAAAAGGUGUUUUUGUCUUAAAAGUUACCAAAAAUAACCUGUUUGAUGCUUUCUUGUAAAUACAGAACAGAUGUAACAGUGGCUUGGUUUUUCCUUUUCCUGUAUUUGUGCCUGCCAUCCAUAAUCUCAAAAUACAAAAGAAAGCUGGUCUUUGAUGUUAACUGAAACGAGAAAGAUGGAGUGUUCUCUUUAGGUUUUGACUGUGAUUCCUUGCCUCUACAGAAAUAAUUAAAAAAAAGCAAUGCAAUUAAAGAUUUAGAAACUCACUUAGGAAAGUCCCUCUGAGGAGUUUGAUAGAUUAAAUUUAUUAAUAAAAGUAGAGUUGGAGGGGAGAGUUUUGUUUUUAAAAUGUUUAUAUCUUAUUUAAUUCAGUCAUUUUAAAUACUAUUUUGGAGAGAUCAGAGAGCAAGUAGAAAAAUAAUAACUUUCCUAGAGCCCUAGUAGUGGUGGUAGGUUUUUUUUUUUAAUCUAAAUAUGUAAAAUAUUUACUUUUUAAUUUAAAUGGCAACUUCCCUCAGAAAAUUCUGAAAGCCCUUUAGUAGAAAUAUUCUUUAAAGAGAAGGCAAGCUUUAAGUUUAGUCUCAAUGUGCAAAUGAGCAUGUAGAAGCACUUACCCUCUCUAUCCCUCCCCCAAAUAUGAGGUGUUAAAUUUUUACGUUUCUUGUCGUACUGCCAGCUCUGAAACAUCUUUCUCCUUUUUUUGCCAAAAUUCAUCUUGUAGAGGUGGCUAGUUUAAGCUGUUUCUGAAGUUAUUGGAUCCUUUUUCUGGUUGAUGUAUUCUUAGUAUAUGAUAAGUUUCCUUUCUGUCAGAAUGCUUAUGUGUUCUGCAUUUCUUAAAAAACAGUAAUUUUAUGCAAGCAGAAAUAAGGUGUCUCUUUUAAUGAGUUGCUUUUAAAACAAAACAAAAAUCUCUAACCUGUUUUCUGAUUUGUUACAUGAAGGUAGCCAAAUGCCCAUGAGGAUUUUUAGGUCCUUUUAUUUAGGAGAAAAAUUAUUUAAUCUUUUUAUCUUAAACUCUCCUUAAAAGCAGGGACACUUUGUUUUUGUGUUUGAAUCCCUAGUACCCCAGCCCAAUGCUUUGCACAAAGUAGGUGCUUAGUAAUUACUUGCUUGGUUGAAAUGAAUUUAACUCUACGCCACUUGUCCAAGUAAAUUUGCAAAGUUGCCCUGUUUUGGUUUGCCUCUUAAGUCAGUUUGAGGUGUUCACAUUUGAUAUUUAGGGAAGUAUGAAGAAAUAUUCUAAAUCUUGGUAUAUUAUUUGAUCUUGAAAACUUUUCGAUUGUUAGGGAAUUCAAAGAGGCACACCAUCUUUCUGUGUUUGAUUCACCUCACUGGCUAUUCUGUGCAUCUGUUUAAGCAACCCAUAUUGGGAAAGACUGCAUAUAAAUGGUUUAAGAAUGACCAUUUGAGCUAGUUACUAAAUUCUGCCCUAGGGUUGGAAUUCUAGAUAUAUGAGUGUUUAAAAAAAAAAAAAGUCAACCCUGGGGUUGGUGAGAAUUUCACGUGCCUUUUGGAGGAUAGCAUCUGGUCUCUGUCAUCAGUGAUGCAUGGUUUUAGGAGAUAAAUUUGCAGGCUAAAAGCAACCAGAAGGAAUAUUUCCUUUUCAAGGAAAACAUGAUGUUAACUUUUACAACAUGGAAAUACGUACAAUGCAACUUGUAUUUGCCCUUAGUUGUGUGUGUGUGUUUUUUUUAAUAGCAGUACAGUACACUGUUCUGUUCCUUGAAAUCUCUGAAUAAUGAAAUUGUAAACUGUUCCAAUGAGACUAGUCUCAUUGCAUUUAGUUUUUGUUUUUUGUUUGUUUUUGUUUUUUGCUUUUGUUUUUAUUUUUAAAACCCUUGUUGUCAGUCUUGCCUAUUGGCUAUGUUUUCUUAUUUAAUGUUUUAGGCUCUGACUAUUGUUAAAUAAACCAGAGAAAUAAAUUAGCUUCUAAUUUA